CGUAAACAUUGAACGUUCCCACCCAUAAAAGAACGAGGUCGCUGAAUCUGCAGUUUUCGCACACGAUCGUCGUCGUCCAUCAGGCCAGAGAGUAGGCCCAACACACCAGCUGCAGUCAAGACAUAUUCCUGUGAACCACUUUUACAAGCAUGCUUCCCACCAUCGCCGCCAUCGCCACGGCAUCCGUCGCUGUUUUGUCGUCAUUAGUUUCUGCACAGUCGAUAAAAACAUGCACUCCUUACCAGUCAGAAUUCGACUUCACAGGCUUUCCUCCUGCAUGGGAAAAGGCAUCAACAGGCACCGUGAACUCGGCAGAGUUUACGGCCCUCAAGGCGCGGAUUGAUUGGUCAAAGGUUCCAAGCAUCCCUCCUAAAACCGCGCAAGCGCCCACAGGACCGAUGGUCACGACGGGAUAUAACGUUGCAGCUGAUCCAGACUGUUGGUGGACGGCCACAGGUUGUACGAAGAGUAAAGUCGCUGGCAUUGACCCCGAUAUUGUUCAAUGUCCACAGUCGUCAACUCUCGGAUAUACGUUUGAUGAUGGUCCAAACUGUACCCAGCCUUUCCUGUAUGACUUCUUGAAGCAGAACAAUCAGAAGGUGGACCUCUUCUAUAUUGGAUCGAAUGUCCGAAACUGGCCACGAGAGGCUAAGCUUGGAGUCGACGCUGGACACCACAUUGCCGUACACACCUGGUCGCACCCGCUACUGACCUCCUUAAGCAAUGAUGAAGUGCUUGCCGAGCUUUACUACACCAAGAAAAUCAUCAAACUAGUAACAGGUGUGACCCCCAAGUACUUCCGUCCUCCACAGGGCGACAUUGACGAUCGGGUCCGCGCAAUUGCAAAGGCCAUCAACCUCACCAACAUUCAAUGGAACCUUGACUCCUUCGACUGGAUGAUGCAACCGGCUGGUCCGCGCUCACCUGCUGAGAUAGAUGCCAACUUCCAAGGCUGGAUUGAUAAGGCGAAGAAUGGCUCUUUCGCAAACAGCGGUGCUAUUUCUCUCGAGCACGAGGCGAACGAGGGCACCAUGAGAAAAGCAAUCGAAUGGUAUCCCAAGCUAAAGGAGUCCUUCAAAUAUAUUAUGCCGGUAGUGAGUUGCCAGAGCAUCGCUCAUCCCUAUGAGGAAACCAAUAUCAGCUUCCAAACGUUCCAAGAAGUUGUGGGUGGCAAGCCUGCUGGCUCGGGAUCUACCGGCAGUGGAGCACCGCCGCAGACGGCCGCGAGCCUGGUCGGAGGGUGGGUUGCGGCCGUCGCUGCGGCAGUUGGAGCGGCAUUUUUGUAGGACAAUGCACAUUUCUAUUCACAAAUUAGAUGUAAAAUAGUUUUCCAUCCUGUAUCUUACUCAUGUUCAAUUAGCCCUAUAUAGCUUUGGGGAAGCAUUCUGUUCUGAAUAUAGUGAACGUCUUCGAUUCAUCCGUGUAGGGCACGCACGCGACCCUUCUGAGAUGCAUCACUCGCA